UCUCAUCUCUGAGCAGCCAACAAACACACUCGCACCCCAACGGUGUUACUAGCCCUACCCACUAUUUAACUAGAUUUGUUAUUAAGUCAUACCCAGAUUUUCAUGACAUGACUUUGAAGAGGUUGAAAUGAGAUCAGCCGUGUUUCUCUGAAACCCUCAAAUCUGAGUAAGCCACAGGAUUUCCCACAGAGAAUGAAUGAAGAGCUCUUUCAGGAUGAGAGAGGGUAGAGGAGGAAGAUAAGAGAGGAAGAGACCCAAAGCAAAGACUAGAUUAAAGAUCUGUGUGGUACGGGCAAGAGGAGAAGGAAAGAGGAGCCAUGUGGCAUGUUAGUUGUUCGGUAAAUCCUAAACUGCUCCCGACCGGGGUCCUGACACUGGGGACUGUGAAGAAAGGACUGGCUGGAGGAGUCAAAGGGAAAAGGAAGAUGUUCUCGUUUUCUUUGCGAUGUCGGAUUGGAGUUAUCAGAGGAAGGGUUAAAGAAUGGAAUCGUGAUAUUCCCAUGAUGCUGUGUGGCUUUAGGAGAGAGGGUCGCAACAAUAGUGAUGAUGUCCCAUACACAAAGGGAAGUAAAGAUGCUGCGAGUGACAGCAGCGGCCUCACCAAGAGGUGCAGUCUCGCUGAUGAGCAGAGAGGUGUGACGACGGUGGAACUGAUUAAAAAAGAGGGCAGCAGUCUCGGCCUCACGAUCUCCGGAGGUUGUGACAAGGACGGCAAGCCAAGAGUGUCAAACCUGAGACCAGGAGGUCUCGCGGCCCGGAGUGACCAGCUCAAUGUCGGCGACUACAUAAAGUCAGUGAACGGGAUAAACCUGUCCAAGCUCAGACAUGAUGAGAUCAUCAGCAUGCUGAAGAACAUUGGAGAGCGUGUGGUGCUGGAGGUGGAGUACGAGCUUCCUCCAUUCGCUCCCAGCAAUCUCUGCGGCGUCAUCUCUAAAACUAUCGAAGUGUGCUUGGAAAAAGAAGGCAACAGCUUUGGCUUCGUUCUGAGAGGGGGCUUUCACGAGGACUGGCAUAAGGCUCGACCUCUAGCGGUGACCUACGUCAGGCCCGGCGGACCCGCAGACAGAGAGGGAACCUUGCGAGCGGGCGACCGUGUGUUGAGUGUGAACGGUGUUGCUGUGAAUAGACAGAAACAUGCUGACGCUCUGACCCUGAUCAUGCAGAGCAGCCAGGAGGCUUUCUUCCUCAUCGAGUACGACAUCAUGGUCAUGGACUCAGUCCAGAAGUCCUCCGGGCCACUGCAGGUGGACAUCGCGCGCUCCGCCGGAUCAGUACUGGGACUCAGUCUCACCACCUCCCUCUACAUGAACAAACAGGUCAUUACAAUCCAGAAAAUCAAGCCGGCUAGUGUUGCAGACAGAUGUGGUGCUUUGCAUGUAGGAGAUAUUCUCCUGGCUAUAGAUGGCAUGAGCACAGAGCACUGCUCUCUGAUGGAGGCUCAACAGCUCCUGUCCAGCUCCUCAGAGCUCACCAAACUAGAGAUCCUGCCGUCUCAGCACAGCACACAUGACGCAGUACGUGUCCAGAGGAGUAGUCAGCGCCAGUGGGACUGUAGUGAGAACUACACCAGCGCUCCUCCACCUUUGCAAAAAACACCCUCAGCCUGGAGUCACACCACCCCUACACCCUCACACCGAUCUGUGACAUCUGGCAUCUCUGCAAACACCUCAGGCUUUCACAGCUACAACUGUGGCACCCAGUCAACGUAUCCCAACACCUACCCCAGUAACACACUGCCAUCCAGCCCUCGCUGCACUGUCAGCAAGAGGAGACACCGGAGAAAAGACCACAAGAGCUCCUUGUCUCUGGCAUCGAGUACAGUGGGCGCCGGUGGUCAGGUGGUGCAUCUAGAAACCAGUGAGGUGUUUCUGAGAGGAGAUCCUCUUACUGGAUUCGGGCUGCAGUUACAGGGGGGAGUGUUUGCUACAGAACCCCUGUCAGCGCCUGCCUGUCUCCGCUUUAUCGAGCCUGACACACCUGCUGAAAGGUGUGGGGUGUUACAAGUCGGAGACAGACUUCUUUCUGUUAAUGGAAUUCCCACUGAGGACGGAACUCUGGAAGAAGCCAAUCAGCUGCUCCGAGAUGCAGCUCUGGCCAAUAAGGUCACACUGGAGGUGGAGUUUGAUGUCGCAGAAUCAGUCAUUCCCAGCAGUGGCACAUUUCAGGUGAAGUUGCCCAAGAGACGUGGAGUGGAGCUUGGCAUUACGAUCAGUGCAAGCAAGAAGCCAGGAAAACCUCUUAUCAUUUCAGAGAUACAGAGAGGCAGUAUUGCACAUAGAAUAGGAACCCUGGAGCCAGGUGAUCGUCUGCUGGCUGUUGAUAAUGUUCGGCUGGAUAACUGUGGGAUGGAAGAGGCCAUGAUGGUUCUCCAGCAGGCCGAGGGGAUGGUCAAACUGCGAAUUCAGAAAGAUGAAGACAACCUGGAUGAAUUAGAGUCCUCAGGUUCGGUCAUAUUCACAGUAGAGCUCAAGAGACACGGAGGUCCUCUUGGAAUCACCAUUUCAGGCACUGAAGAGCCCUUCAAUCCCAUCCUGAUCUCCAGCCUGACCCGCAACGGCCUUGCGCACAGGACUGGCGCUCUUCAUAUCGGUGACCGUGUCUUGGCCAUUAAUAACAUGAGUCUAAAGGGGAAACCUCUGAGCGAGGCCAUCCACCUGUUGCAGACCGCCGGAGACACGGUUACGCUCAAGAUCAAGAAACGAUCUGAUCCACUUUAUGGGUCGGACAGGGGCAGCCCGUCCAGGACGGCUUCAUGCGUGAGCGACAUGGAAGACGAUCGCUCAGAUUCUCUCAGGCGGGGUAAAUACUCUGAACUUCAGCGUCUGACCACACCGCCCAGUCUAGAUUCAGCCAUGGACUCAUGGGAUAGCUCGGCCCUGGACGCCGGCUAUGGAAGUCAAGGUGUCUAUAUUCAUAGAGCAUCUGAUUUCACUCUUCACCCCAAUGACUGGAGACAGACCAAUCACAGGAGCCCGCUGGUCUCCAGAAGACACGCCCACCGCACUGCAAUGUAUGAUGGGAGUCUGGGCGAAGAGGACUGGACGUACUCUGGAUCUGUCAGUCCAGCAUGCGGUCACAACCACAACAAUACAGACGCUCAGGAGAACUAUUGGUCACAAGCUCUUCAGGAUCUGGAGACCUGCGGCCAAUCGGAAAUCCUGCGGGAACUUGAGGCUACUAUAAUGUCAGGCAGCACACUGAGUUUGAGCGAAGACAGCGAGAAGCAGAAUGAAAGCAGGACCAAAGCUCUAGCACUGAGCCCGGAGAGGACCUCAGGGAACACAGCUGUACCAGAGGACAUGAAGGACACCAGCCCGUCCAUGCCAUUAGAGCUUCAUAAGAUCUGUUUACGCAAGGAUGUUGACAGCAGGGAUUUUGGGUUCAGCGUGUCCGAUGGUCUGCUGGAAAAGGGUGUUUAUGUGAACAUGAUCCGUCCUGAUGGGCCUGCGGACCAAGCUGGGUUACGGCCUUAUGAUCGUGUUCUACAGGUCAAUCACGCACGGACUCGUGACUUUGACUGUUGUCUAGCUGUGCCGUUGAUCACAGAAGCCGGAGAGCAUCUGCAGCUGGUUAUUAGCAGAAGCCCUCUCGCUCAGGCACACAUUUGGCCACCUAAAGACUGUCAGGACCCUUCUGAACCAUCUGUGGUUUCUGCAAAAAAUCCAAGAAGAGUUGACCUCUGAUUCCCAAAAAUGAGCAACACAAACACAGAGCACAACUUUCUUUCAAUUUUUUCCACACAAAAGGUUCUGUCUCUCACCUUCACAGGGGACACAUUAGCACUAUUAUUUUAAUAUUUAUUUAUUUAUUUUAUCAUUUUCAAGCUAAGUUCAAUGCUUUUGUCACAAGUUAGGAUCCACUGCUGCUUUUUAUGUUCCACCAAAUAAGUUUAUUUGAACGCUCACAGAGGCACGAGAGUUUUAUGUUCAC